AUGUUCACUUCUAUACGUCUCAUCACCAGGGCUCAAUUUGUCCGAACAACUCGAAGUUUCGCCACAGUAUCACCUGUUGUGGUCCAAAACAGAAAUCAUAAAAUCGUGGUAGUCGGCGGAGGUUCUGCUGGUCUUGCCAUCAGUCAUCAACUCCUUCGACAUGGAAAAUUCCAACAAGAUGAUAUUGCUAUCGUCGAUCCGGCCACGUGGCAUCACUAUCAACCUGGUUGGACUCUUGUCGGAGGUGGUCUCAAGACAAAGGAGAGUCUCCGAAAACCUCUGGAAAGUUUGAUUGAUCCGAAACUUAGGUUUUAUGAUACUGGCGUGGAUGGGUUUUCCCCAGAUGAAAAUUAUAUCACAUUGAAGAAUGGUGAUAAAGUCAAUUAUGACCAACUCGUUGUCGCUCCAGGUAUAACAGUGGACGUCGGAAGUGUAAAGGGAUUGUCCGAAGCUCUUGAAAACCCGGACUCUCUUGUGUCUUCCAUAUAUCAAUAUGAUCAUUGCGAUAAGGUCUUUCCUGCAAUAAAGAAACUUCAGAAAGGAAAAGCCAUUUUUACUCAACCAGCCGGUGUUAUCAAAUGUGCUGGUGCACCACAAAAGAUAAUGUGGCUCGCAUUGGAUCAUUGGAAACGUGCAGGUUUAUACGAUAUCGAAAAUUCCUCUCGUUCAGCAAUAAAUAUCACUUUUGCAACAGGUCUUCCAACAAUGUUUGGUGUACCUAAAUAUAGUGCCAAACUUGAGGAAUUGAGGAUAGCAAGGUCCGUUGAAGGUUUGUUUCAGCACGACCUCACCGCCAUCAAUGGCAACGCAGCGACUUUUACUCGUCCGGAUGGGCAAGGUCAGGUCACGAGAGAUUUUGAUCUUUUACACGUUGCACCAAAGAAUCGACCGCAUGACUUUGUUAAAAACAGUUUACUCGCAAAUGAUGCUGGUUAUGUCAACGUCGAUGCGGGAACUACACGCCAUGUGAAGUACCAUAAUGUCUGGUCAGCUGGUGAUGCUUCAAGUUUGCCAACCUCAAAGACAGUCGCGGCCAUUACUGCUGAAGCACCAGUUCUGGUCCGUAACUUACUUUUGGCCAUUGAUGGUAGAGAUCCGGAGGAAGUUUAUGAUGGUUAUACAUCGUGUCCUCUCUUGACUGAAUAUGGAAAGGUACUUCUUGCUGAGUUCAAGUAUGGUGGGGUACCAAAGGAGACAUUCAAUAAAUGGUUCGGUAUCGAUCAAGCGAUUCCACGAAGGGAGUUUUAUUAUCUAAAGAAAGAUUUCUUUCCUUGGGUAUAUGAGAAAUAUAUGGUUAAGGGCACUUGGGGUGGUCCAAAGGGUUGGAUCAAAUAA